AUGGAGUUCUUUCCCCGAACCGUCUACAACACUGGCGCUAGCUCCAGCAGCCCUUUCAACACCCUCGCCCAGCUCAUUGAUGAGUUCGACAAGUACUCUCGACAGGACUCCAGCAAGUCCCAGGAGUCGCCUGCCCCUACGUUCCACUGGCAGCCCAAGUUUGACGUUCACGAAACUGCUGAAGCCUACCAUCUCUAUGGCGAGCUUCCAGGUGCCACCAAGGACCAGAUCUCCAUCGAGUUCCCAGAGUCCCAGCGCAUCGUCAUCAGCGGCAAGACUGAGCGCUCUUACUUGAGCGCGACCCCAGGCUCACGCCCCAACUCGCGCCAGGCCACGGUCGAGGACGAGGCCGAGGCCGGUGAGAAGGCGGCCGCCGAUGCUACCCCCCGAGAUACCGCCAAGUACUGGCUGAGUGAGCGUAGCAUUGGCCAAUUCUCCCGCGCCUUCAGCCUGCCCUCUCGUGUGGAUGAGGAGGCUGUCUCUGCGAGCCUCCAGGACGGCAUCCUGAGCGUUGUCAUCCCCAAGGCCAAGAAGUACGAGGCCCGCAACAUCAUUGUCAACUAG